GAAAUAUGAGCACAUUAAUGGUGUUACUGGUUAUUUUCUCUAUAAUAAUGAAAUCUUUGCCGGCAGCUAAAUCCGUCGCAGAAGAUCCCGAGUCGGUGGAAACAUGGUUCAACAAUCUCGACACCAAGAAAGAAAAAGUGACGAAACUUCAUUUCUUUUUCCAUGACACUGUCGGUGGCCCAAACCUUACGAUGGUGAAAGUGGCGCAAGCCCCCACUUUCAGCGAUAAAUCUCCAACCAAUUUCGGGUAUGUCAACGUGAUGGACGAUCCAUUAACGGCUGGUCCAGAUAUUAAUUCCGAGUUAUUGGGACGAGCCCAAGGAAUCUACGUAUCCUCGGAUCUUAACGAGGUAAAGUUUUUGAUGACUCUCAACUAUGUAUUCACUUCCGGACCUUUCAAUGGUAGCACUUUAAGCAUUUUGGGUUGUAACCCAAUUAUGCAUACUUACCGAGAAAUGCCCAUUGUUGGUGGCUCGGGCGUUUUUCGGUUGGCGAGAGGAAUAGCCACGGCUAAGACAUAUUCGAUUCAAGGGCUGACUGCAAUCGUUGAGUAUCAUGUUGUGGUUCUUCAUUAUUGAGUGAAGUUCAUUUAGAUUUUUAAAGUGUUAGUUUUAAUUUAUAGUUGUUCAUUAAAUGACUUGAGUUUUGAAUAUUUU